AUGACCACCGCUCUGACUCCACUUAGUCGGCCGUCCAUCAACCACCCUGCGCCGUCGCCACGUCCUCUCUUCUCUCCACCGACGCUAUCCUCAGUCGCAUUCUCUUACCGCGCGAACAGCUCGGCAGUCUCUCCACCCAGAUUCGCUCGCGGUUACAGCAGUCGGUUCACUUCCCGGCGUUCUUCUCCGACGAUGUCCUCCGCGAAAUCCGUCGUCGAACUCAGCGACGAAUCGGAUUUCGGCAAAAUCGCAACUCCUUCGGGCCUGAUCUCCAUCUGCGGCUUCGGCUCUCUCCUCUCCGAGAGGAGCGCGAGGAGUACUUUCCCGAACUUGACGAACUUCCGAGUCGCGCGAUUGAACGGUUUCCGCCGCGUCUUCGCCCAUGUCGCGCCGAUUUUCUUCGAGCGCGGCAUCGCCAAUUCACAGACAAAGGAGAUCUCAAGCUUGAGCGCGGAGCCAUGCGAGGGCGAGACCCUCAUAGUUACCGUCUUCGAAAUUGAAAACUCGGAGAUUCCUGCUUUCAUGGAGAGGGAGCUUGAGUUCAGAUUUCUAGCUGUUGCGCCCGAAUCGCUCGAUGGCAAGCCUUUCGACUCACCUGCGGUCCUCUGUGCUCGUUACAGUGAUGAAGAGUUCUUCCGAAUCAGAUGCAAAGGAAGCAAAGAUAUGUACUUUCAGCAGUAUGGAAAGUACAACAUUGACAAGAUAUGGAGAGACGACAUCUUGCCUUGCAGAGUCUACUUGCGACAUUGUGUGUUGGCAGCAAAGAAUCUUAGUGAGGAAGCUUACGACAACUUCUUGGACCAUACGUUCUUGGGGGAUCGUAAAACGACCAUACGAGACUACCUGGCGACUACCGGUGCAGGGAUCAUGGAAGAGGAACCUCCAUUGUCACUAAGAUCACGAUACGGUGGCUGAGAAGCUGCCUUGGAAAAAAGCUGUAAACCUACCUCCAUAAGAAUUUGUUUCUUCUGCCUGUUUGAGGAGGGGUUUGUAUCAUUACUGAUUUCAGCCAUGUUUAAUCAAUGAAAGCUCGGUUGACAGUAUAGCUUCCAUUAAUGUCACGCUUUUUUUCAUCAAACU